AUGUCAUCACCUCUUGCAACUGCGGGGCUGUUUGCCUUGGCGGUCUCGACGGCAACCGCCUUCGUGGCUACCCCUGCUGGGGCCGGAGCUGUCAGGGCUCGGAACGGUUUUUCUACCACUAGCCGCGAUGUGACUAGCCCUGCAGCGAUUUCGAAAAGAGGGGUGGCCACCCGGCGAGCGAUGUCCAUGGGUGAUGACUACGACUACGACCUCAUCAUUGUGGGCUGUGGGGUGGGCGGGCACGGCGCUGCUCUGCACGCGCGCUCUUGCGGGCUGAAGACGGCCGUCUUUUCUGGCAAAGAUGUUGGCGGGACUUGCGUGAACCGUGGCUGCGUUCCGUCUAAGGCGUUGCUAGCUGCUGCGGGGCGGGUUAGGGAGAUGCAGGACGACCACCACCUCGACGGAAUGGGCAUCAAGGUGUCUGGUGUGGAGUAUGACCGCGCCGGGGUGGCCGCUCACGCCAAGAACCUGGCCAGCAAGGUGAAGGGGGGCCUGGAGGGCUCCUUGAAGACGCUGGGUGUUGAGGUCAUCGAUGCAACGGGAGAGCUAGCCGGAGCCAACACCAUUAAGGCCGUGGAGACUGGCAAGACGUUCACCGCGAAGGACAUCAUCCUGGCCCCAGGCUCUCUCCCGUUCGUGCCGCCUGGCGUACAGGCGGACGGGAAGACGGUUUUCACAUCGGAUGAGGCGUUGGACCUGGCCUUCGUGCCGGAGUACGCCGCCAUCGUGGGGUCCGGAUACAUCGGGCUCGAGUUCUCUGACGUGUACACGGCACUCGGGGCAGAGGUCACCUUCAUCGAGGCGCUGCCUACGCUAAUGCCGACUUUCGACCGUGAAAUCGCGCGAUUGGCGGAGCGGCUGCUGAUCAAGAGCAGGCCGAUCGACUACCGCUUGGGGGUGUUUGCGUCCGAAGUUAUCCCGGGCGUGCCGGGCGAGAAGCCGGUGACCAUCAAGAUGAUCGACGCCGAGACCAAGGAGCAUGUUGAGACCAUUGAGGUGGACGCUUGCAUGGUGGCAACAGGGAGAGUGCCCAACACCAAGACCCUAGGGCUCGAGAACAUGGGCAUCGAGACCAACAGGGGCUUCGUUCAGGUGGACGGUAAGAUGCAGGUGCUCAACAAGGAGGGGGGCGACGUAGUCCCUAACCUCUACUGCAUCGGGGAUGCCAACGGGAAGCUUAUGCUCGCCCACGCCGCCUCCGCACACGGCGUCAGCGCCGUGGAGAACAUCAUGGGAAGGGAGAACGAAGUGGACCACUUGGCCAUCCCCGCGGCGUGCUUCACGCACCCAGAGAUCGCCAUGGUCGGACUCACGGAGGAGCAGGCCAAGGAAAAGGCGGCCGAGGAGGGAUACGAGCUGGGUAAGGCUAGCGGCAGCUUUAAGGCCAACUCCAAGGCCCUCGCGGAGGGAGCAGGAGACGGAAUCGCCAAGGUGCUGUUCAACAAGGAGACCGAGGAGAUCGUGGGUGUUCACAUCAUCGGCUUGCACGCCGCAGACCUCAUCCAAGAGUGCUCCAACGCUGUUGCUGCCGGUACCACUGUUCGAGAGCUGUCCAUGAUGGUCCACACCCACCCCACGCUGUGCGAAGUCUUGGACGAGGCGUUCAAGGGAGCCAUGGGCCGCUCUGCCCAUUAGACCAUUUACAUUUACGUUGUUAGUCGCUAUUAUACUGCGUGGUUACGAGGUGGUGUGCCAGGCACUGUUUAGGAUGGAUGUAACUAUGCCGAGCUAUGUCGAGUUUUUGAAUACGUCGCGGUCGCUUGCCUACCAUGCCAUCAUGUUUCCGGUGGACAAGGCGUCGACUGGCAAUCCGGGAGACGAUAGUUAAAGGUCUCGAACCGCACGUAUUGGUAGAGAACCGUCUCGUGUUUUCUGUUUGUUGGGGGGGUGUUGAUCGCCACUUGGGUGUCAGCGGAGGGAGCUGUGGCAGCAGUAUCGCACAAUAUUGCUCCCAAUUAUCGUUACCUUUCCUUUCGUGUGGUGGGGGAAUGAUUUUUCUUGGGGUCGAAUGUUUGUGAGAUACAACGGUGGGAGAGGUAGAUACGGUGGGAAACCAGGCGGGUGCAACGCACAUCUUGAACAGCCAAAAUGUUGGCACUUGAACCUCUCUGUCGCAUAUGAUGCAUUGUCGACGUCUCUUUUUUUUUCUGUUUUUUUCUUAGAGCGGGUAGAAACACUACUCUAUUCAACGAUUUGUGCUCGCGUGCGCUUUGUUGGGGACUAAAGCGGCCAUGAUUGGCGCAUUCAACGAGAUGUCGGCAUCAU